UUACAUCCGAUGUGCGAAUGGCCAGACAGCGGUGCGGUCCAAAGGCGUCAUCGGUCGAUCAAAAUAUAAAAUGUAGCCAGCGAUCUGCACACCACCCGAAAGCACCGACACGUGUUAACAGAAAUCCACCUGACUGAUUUCUGUUCCUUCUAUGUAUAGGAUCUUUCAUACCUGAUACCCUCCGGCCCUCCCCGCCUCCACGCAGCAGCACCCCUCCUCCGGUGGCGUCCAGGUCACCACCCACACACCGGCCCUCCGCUGCCAGUGGGCCAGGUCCCACUGGGUGAGGGCGCUGGCAUAGUAGCCAUCGGCGCCCUCACCCCACUCCCCAGCCCUCACGAGCACCUUCUUGGUGGUGCCGGCAGGCUGCUGCUGGUGCUGGUUCUGGUCGUCGGUGGAGGUCUUGGCAGCUUGCUUCCUUCUGCAGAACGGCGGAUUGACCAAAGAGCACAGCACAGCAGAGCAGAGAGCAUCAGUUAAUUAAUUGCGUCUUGUGUGCAGAUGGAUGUGUGUGCGAUGUACGUACGUACCUGCUCGGCGUCGUCAGCGUACUUGAGCAUCAUCAUCUUCAUAUCCCUCCCCUCCACCGUCCCCCGGACCGACUCCAGGAAGGCCUUGCACUCCUGCAGCAAGUGAGCAGGCAAAAAUACUGUUAAUGGUCUGCCUGCCAGUGUGCCGGUGUGCCUCCCGUCCCUUGCUCACUGCAGGGUGCUCGCACUUCAUGCGCAGGAACUUCAGCACGUGGGCCUCCCUGGAGUCGGCGUUGACGUCGGGGACGUCAAUCCUUCUAGACAU